UCACACCACCACCAGCACCACGAUCAUCAUGGCGAAUGAAAGGGCGCAAAAUAAAUGAAGAGUUUACCACGCUUGGCUCGUCUUGCCGGCGAUCCACGGCGCAGAGGCAUCUCUUCUGCCGUUAAACUCCAUUCGGAGCGCAGAUACAAAAACCAGGAAUGGUCGUACGUGAAUCAGGCGGCGAUCGAAAACUGUGCUGCCAAGCCAUCUAUCAAGAUGACACCAUAUCAAAUGCUACAUGCUGGAAAAUUUGGAGAUGGUGCACAUUUGAUUAGAAAUGUGCAGUUUCUUCAAAACGAGCUUGUCAUACGGGUUGCUAGACGCUUGGUUGCUUUUCAUUCACUUCCUUACAUUGUUGCAGUAAAUCCAGACAUCUCUGAAACUUAUGAAUUAUACAUCCGUGCAUUCAACCUUCUUUAUUCAAUACCCAAGAUAAAAGAUUUACAAGCCGAAAAAAAGUACAGCAAAACUGUGAGAUCAUUACUGGAUGAUCAUGGCCAUGUUGUCACAUCCCUGGCUCGUGGUUUUAAAGGCUGCAAACAUCAAGUACGUUAUGGCACAAUUCAUUCCUUCCUGGACAAAACAUUGAAAUCACGUCUCGGCAUGAGACUAUUGGCUGAACAUCAUAUUGCCCUUCGAGAGGAAAAGAGCAAUUUUGUUGGGUGUAUUGCAACUAAUUUGCAUUUGAAGACUAUGAUUGAAAGAUGUGCGGAUUUUGUCAAGCAGGUGUGUGAACAUCACUAUGGUGUCAGCCCAAACAUAGUCGUCAAUGGCCACACAGAUACAUCCUUUUCAUAUUUCCCCUCACCUCUGGAAUAUAUUUUGCUGGAACUCUUGAAAAAUGCAAUGAGAUCGACUGUUGAGUUUCAUGGUGACAAAUACACCUUUCAAUCGUCCUCCUUGCCAAGGGUAGAAAUUACUAUUUGCUGCAACGAAACAGAUUUCACAAUAAGGAUUUCAGAUCGAGGUGGUGGAAUUUCAGAUGAAAUGAUGGAACAGAUAUUCCACUAUUCCUUCACUACGUUCAAAAAAGAUGCAGCUGGUAGUAGCACAAACGUCCUCUCCGACUAUAACCAUAAUGCAAAUCUAUCAGGAACCAUUGGCAGUAUGGCUGGCUUUGGUUUUGGUCUGCCAACCUCACGAGCCUAUGCAGAAUUUCUUGGAGGAGCUGUGAACCUACAGACACUCCAUGGUUAUGGAACUGAUGUUUAUAUUAAACUAAAGCGAAUCGAUGGGGAUCAGGAUAGCUUUCGUUUGUAAAAAAUUGGGGGUAGAAUGAUAUCUUUAGACUUUGCACUCAGGCCAAAAUCUGAGUGGGAAUAUUUUGAAAUUGAUGUUUCAAAGUAAAACUAAAAUUUAGAUGUUUUCUUCGAUCUCAUAACUAUAAGAUAGAAUGACAUAGUCAUAUCUCAAUUGUAUCAUAUUGUGUUUUUACAAGGGAAAAGUUAAGCUUACCCUACUGUGACAUUGCAGUGCAUUGAACUGGUAAGACAAGUUUUCAUGUGCUAAAUGCUCAAAAAAUAAUGGAUUACUAUUAUCCCUGCUAAAAUAUGGUACAUGAGAAGUGAACCUUUAAACUAAAUCUUCAGAAAUAUCAAUGACCUCAUAUCAAACACUGGUAUGCAACCAUUACCUACUAAAAAUGAAGUCAAACUGAAUGAAAAUCUAGAGACCCAAAACAGAGGUAAAACUUUGCUUAUCAAAAGAAAACUUUAGAAACAAAGUGACACUAACUGAAGCUUAACCAUGGAAAUACAUAGUUACCCUUCUUGGAAAGUUGUUAUUCCUUCAUUCUUUUCAAUUGUUUCUCUGGGUACUUUAACAAUUCUGGUUUGUUUUUGAGUAAUAUUAUAGUUCUAUAGAUCCAGUGUAUUUUCAGCUCCGUGGGUCUCAUACGAAAGCGGUAAAAUACGGUGGUAAAUAAUGUAGC